CCCCCCUGAUUGGACGGACACAUAAUCCCGGCGGGCCUCGCACGCCUACUAACUCGCGAGCGGGGCAGAGCGCGAGGCACAAUCUGCCCAAGGCGAGGGAGGGCAAGAAAGGCGCGCGAGAGGAAGCUGAGAGUACGAGGGGGACACGAGCGCUCCGGUCUGAGCGAACGCAAUUAGAGAAGUGUUGCUGAACGUGGGCUAUGCGCGCAACACGGGGGGAGCGCAGUGCACAGAGGAGGUGAACGCAUGCAGAGGCUCGGCUACACACGCGCAGCCUCCUUCUUGAAGAGUCGCUGUAGUGACAGAGACGGAGCGAGGGAAGAGAGGAACUCCUAGAAAACAGCAACUCUCGGAGAGAACCAAGUGAGCGCACGCGGAGGUCCUCGCUGCAGCCAUUCCACCCAGAGAGAGACGUAGACGUUCCCCCGCUCACAAUCUGCCCCGCGAGAGAAAAUGAACGUCAGCGAAGAGAACCUGCUCAAGUCCAUCAGCAACGACGCGCUCCUGGACCUGACGCAGCGCUACGGGCAGUCCGCCUUCGGCUUUGGCGCUGGCCAUGGUGCUGGAAGCCCCGGACGCUUCCCGCUCACGCCGGCGGCCGACUUCCUCUCCGGACAGACCGCCAAGUCCAACGAGAGCGGCGGGGAGCACACGAGCGACGACGAGGACGGCUUCGACUCGCUGGAGUCGCGGAAGAGGGGCUCGGCGUUCGGCGACGACAAGCCCGGGGGGCCCCUGGCCAAGAAGUCCAAGGAGCAGCGCUCCCUGCGGCUCAGCAUCAACGCCCGCGAGAGGAGGAGGAUGCACGACCUGAACGACGCGCUGGACGGUCUGCGCGCCGUUAUCCCCUACGCCCACAGCCCGUCGGUGAGAAAACUCUCCAAAAUAGCCACUCUCCUCCUGGCCAAGAACUAUAUCCUCAUGCAGGCGCAGGCGCUGGAAGAGAUGAGGCGGCUGGUGGCGUAUCUGAACCAGGGACAGAGCAUAACCUCGCCGAUCCCCGCCGCGCUGGCGCCCUUCGGACAGGCGGCCGUCUACCCGUUCUCGGGCUCCGCUCUGGCCACUUGCGCCGAAAAGUGCACCACGUACUCCGGGACACCGUCGAGCAUCUUCAAACACUGUAACGACAAGCCUUGAUUCCGUUCCAUUGUCUUUCCUGAACUUUUACCUAUACUGCACCCAUGUCGGUCUCUCUCUCUCUCUCUCUCUCUCUCUCUCUCUCUCCCACUUUAGUUCUUUUAAAAUCAUUCUGUGGAAAAUAAAAUUUUCGUCGAAUGCAUCUAUUGUUAAGAUAUGGUUAAGUAAUUAUAGUGCGGAGUUUUGUUCCAUUUUUUGAGCGCUACAAACAAAACGUGUAGCACAGGCCUUGAUGUGUGACGAAGACGAACCCCUCUCGCCUGUCGACAGGCCGCGUUACGUUUAAGUUUAGCGAAAUGAUAGGAAUGUUUUGUCAUCAGCUUUUAUUUGUGAUCUAUGCAACAUUUAAUAUCAAGACGUUCGCCCUAAUCUCGACAUUUAGAUUCAAAUAGAGCAAUUAUGAACGGACUUCCUUUGACUGCACUGACGCUGUGAGGGGAAAAAUCAGUUGUGACGUUGGCUGAUAUAUUUUCUAAACCGAUGUGUUGACGAGUUUGUCUUUUUGUUUUCAGUUACUGCACAUCUCACAUGAUUGUAUUGUACAACUGUGGAAUAUCACUCGCUCCAAGCCCGGCUCUACUAAUGGUUAUAUAACUACAGCCUAUACACUGAAGCAGCGUUUUGGUUGUGUUGCAACAUGGAUUUCAUAUAUUGUUUAUAUGUCUUUAUAAUUAAAACAUAUCUAUGCUUGA